UGUUUUUCUGCGCCAAGGUGCUCUGACUUGACAUAGCUGCAUCAGGUUCAGAUGCUAUCCGCUUCCAAAUAUGGAAAGGAGUUCGUUGCUGCUGCAUCCAAGCUCAAGCCCGAUUCUGGUGUCAACUGUAAGUUGAUGGAAUUGCUGUCUGUGUUGCACCUUCCGCGGAAUCUAAACCUAAACUUUUCAAGGAAAUUGCACAAGAACAUGAACUUGAUUGGGACCCUGCUUCUAAAGAAACUGAUCUCUUUAAAUCGCAUGAAGAUAUUCUUGACGGACCAAAGCACUUUGGUGGGGGAUCUAAGUUGCCUUUACAGGAGGAGGAGCAAGAUAAAGGGAUACGUUUGACAAUGUUACCUCUUCCACGUCCAGAGGAUCAAUCUGAUUCUGAUGAAAGUUUGGACUUUCUCGAGGUUCCCAAUGUCUUGAUGCGGUCGACUCCUGAAAAUGCACCAGAGGCUGUGAAACCUGCCACAUAUGAACAUACCUCUCUCAACAUGCCCUUUGAUUCAUAGAAUUCAGGAGACGAAAAGCUGGGUUUUCUUAGGAUAUUGUGGGAACCGAAAUUCGCACCAUCAAUAUUUCGUAUAAAUAAGGAAACUAGCAAAACCCUAAUUUCUCAGAAGGUCCCGGAUUUCUGAGAAACCACACGUCAAGCAAUCAGAACACGAUAAUAAUGGAAAAAAAAUCGUAAAAAGAGAGCAAGAAGGAUUUUAUUAUGAAUCUGCGUAUGAGCGUGACAACAACAAGGUAACGUGUUUCGGCUACGAGAGCUGUCGGUGAGAUCCUAGUUCUAAUACCCGAAGGUGGCUAAAUCUAAUUGAGUCGCAGCUCGAAAAAAGAAAAACGGAAAGUUGCCUAAAUUACUCUAAGUGCUAAGUUGCUCUGGAAAAGUGAUCAUUCUAUGCCUCUCGCCUUGAACUCCUUAUAUACUCACUCCAAGGUCGGUUUACGCUUCUCUCUUUUGCCUUUAAGCCGUCAUAGUCGAAAAAAUGGGAAUAUUCCAUUUUUUCGAUCUUCAUGAUUAUCUGCGGAAAGUUUCCAUUUUUUC